AUGGAUCCGGGGAAAUGGCAACAGUCAUAUCUCAACUCGGACCAAGCCAAAUGGAAAUUCAAUCAGUGCCUCCCAGUGGAUGAGGAAGAGGCACUAGCUCGAGAUUUUGGCUACAGGGGCAAAUACAAACCUGUAGGACAAACUUUCGAGGCGUUUUCUGACGCCGAAGAUCCGCCUGCAGACAAGGAUGACUGGGGCAAUCAGGUUGAUAAGGAGCACAGGUAA